AUGUAUACAACGCCGGUUGAGUUGGAAGAGAUACCGAAUAAAUCAGUGGUAGAAAAAAAAUACAUAUUGCAAUGGACCAGAAGACUCACCGCACCCUUUGACUUCAUGGGAAUAGGGAGUUCUGCGUUUGAGAUGAACAACUGCAAAUUUAGAAACUGCUUCGUCACAGACAACAGAUUUUACUUCUCGAACCUGUCACAAUUUGACGCGAUCGCCUUUAACGGACGUGAUGUGGCGAAACUUAAUCCAACCACACUACCGAUUGGUAGAACAUCGAAACAAAAAUUCGUUUUCGGUGCGAUGGAGUCGUCAGAUAAUUACCCAGUGUGUGGUGAGCACUACGAUGGAUUUUUCAAUUGGACGUGGACUUACAAAGUGGACUCGGACUUUCGUUGGGGCUAUAUAACAGCUUAUGAUCUGAACGGCAUAGCGGUCGCUCCUGCAAUCGACGUUAAGUGGGAGACAGAAAUGAAUCCUAUCAGUGAAGAGUUGAAAGUGAAGUUGUCGAGUAAAACGAAAGCCGCGGCGUGGUUCGUGUCGCACUGCAACACUAAAAGCGAAAGAGAACUCUUCGUGGAAAAAGUUCAGAAAGAGUUACAUCAGUUCAGACUGACGGUCGAUGUUUACGGUAGUUGUGGCACGCUUAGUUGUCCUAGGUCACAUGCGGAUGCUUGUUUCAAAAAGGUUGAAAGUGAUUAUUAUUUUUAUUUCUCUUUCGAGAAUUCUUUUGCUGAGGAUUACGUGACUGAGAAGCUGACAACUGCUCUGCUAAAUUAUGCCGUUCCAGUCGUUUACGGCACCGCUAACUAUUCCAGGUAA